AUGAUUACAUACGAGCAAGAUCCUGAUGUUGUUCGGUGGGGUCUUCAGCUUUUUGAUGGCGAUCCAUUUUCUAAUUGUGGGUGUUGUGGCACAGUGACACAAAAUGAUACCGAUUAUUAUAAUGAGCAGUAUUUCAAAGAAGAUCAGUAUCAUAUGGGAUGCAGCAAUGUAGAGCAUGAUGAGCUGCUUGCACACUCUCUUCAAGAUGAACUAUCGCACCUCUCAGUUGCAGAUGCACCUGGCUCUUCUUGUGAAGGGGUAACACAUCCACAAGCAUCUUUUUAUCCACAGGAGUGGGUUGGUCAGACCAUGGAGAGCUACCCUUUUGGACAAGACAAUGGCCAUGAUGAGGAAGAAGAUAUUAGACCUUCCAGUUCCUGUUCUAGCCCUGAAGAUAAGUCAUACUGUGGACAGGAGUGGUCAUAUACCUUAGAGCUGACAGACGAGUAUGCUCUUGAUAGCGAAGUGGGCAAAAGGUUGAAUCAGAUGGUUCCUAUUCCUGUAAGGCAUGUUCCUAGAAUCAAUGGAGAAAUACCGUCUGUUGAUGAAGCAACUUUAGAUCAUCAAAGGCUACUGGAUAGAUUGCAGUUAUAUGAAUUGGUGGAGUUUAAGGUUCUCGGUGAUGGGAACUGCCAGGUGGUACGCCGGGGAUGGGAGGAAUUGGAAAGGGGCUUAUCGGGUGGGGUUACACUGAGAGAGAGGGAGUUGCGUGAAAGAGAGAAUAGAUACGUGAGAGAAAGGAGAUACACAAGAGAGGGGGAGGAGAUGUCUAAAAGAGUGUUGUCGCUAGCGGUUGUUGGCUAUGGUUCUACAACGGCGGAAAAAGUGUGUUGUGUGUUGGCAGAGAGUGAGGCUAUGGGUGUGGGACAAUUUCGAGCUCUAUCGGAUCAGUUUUAUCGUACUCCCGAACAUCACAAAUUUGUGAGACAAGAAAUUGUAAAUCAGCUCAAGGCUUACCCAGAGAUAUAUGAGGCCUAUGUUCCCAUGGCUUAUGGUGACUAUUUGAAGAAGAUAUCCAAGGUUGGUGAAUGGGGUGAUCAUGUCACUUUGCAGGCUGCUGCAGAUUCAUAUGGUGUGAAAAUAUUUGUGAUAACAUCAUUCAAGAACACCUGCUACAUUGAGAUUCUUCCAAAUGUUCAAAGGUCAACACGAGUUAUUCACUUGAGCUUUUGGGCAGAAGUGCACUACAACUCAAUAUAUCCUGAAGGAGAUGUGCCCUUGUUUGAGACUAAAAAGAAGAAGAAAAGGUGGUUGGCCUCUCGGGAUGAGCAUUUGGAGUGA